CGGGAAAGAAAUUAUGAACAUCACAAGAACUCACAAACGGACAUAUCAACGGUUGGCUCAGAACGAUUUUGAAACCAACCAGGAGCUAGUAACGGGCGGAAGUAGCGAUUCUGAACCGGGCGAGUACGCUGACAGUGACGAUCCGGAGGCGGCACUAACCACAGGCCGCAGAUGGUUGCGGACGGCGCAAGGUGUCAUCGUAGACGUUGAUCCGUUGCGUGCUGGUGGUAAGGCGAACAUGAAAGCAGAUAUGUAUAAGGAACUCGUCAGCUCAGGCAAACGGAACCUUCGGCGGUACCUUCUGCUCGGUACGGUUGCCGUCAUUCUUACCGUAGUUGCCGUCGCACUCGUCGUCAUCCUUACGGCCAGCAACGAUGAAGAAAGUGGUCCCGAAACGGCUCCGAUCAUUCGGGAAGGAGAACCGAUCACACUGGAAGAUUUCCUGCAGGGUCGCUUAUCAGCCAGUGGAUUUACCGGCACCUGGACCGCUAAUGGGAAGAUCAUCUUCCGCGAUGAUUUCGGCUCGGUAAUGGUGUACGAUCCGGAGCAGAACGACACGAAAGUACUGCUCGGGGUGGCAAACGAAGAGCAGCUGCAGGGCUUCAAGUUUGAUCUCUCACCCGAUGGGAAGUAUCUGCUGGUAGCGCGCGGUUAUAGUAAAAUCUUCCGGCACAGUUACCUGGCGCUCUACGAUAUUGUGGAUAUGACGACCAAGCAAGUCUUUCCGAUAACAGUGGGCGGACAACGGCGUGCCCUAAACCUCGUCGAAUGGAGCCCCGUAAAUCACUCGUUCGUGUUUGUCUACCAGAACAAUCUGUUCUACCGGGAAACGCCAUCAUCGGAAGAAAUUCAGAUCACAACCGACGGUAGCCCAAGCGUCUACAACGGUAUCCCGGAUUGGGUUUACGAAGAGGAGGUGUUCUCCAACAACAUUGCCACAUGGUUUUCGCCCGACGCUGACCGUAUCGCGUUCAUUCGCUUCAACGACACGGAAACACCGCUGAUGAAGAUCCCCAUCUACGGACCACCGGGCAAUCCGGACUAUCAGUAUCCGCGGGAGCUUUCGCUCCACUACCCGAAGGUAGGAACUAAAAAUCCUGAGGUUCACCUCUUCCAGUACGAUCUGCGCACUCGCAAGCUGCAGGAGAUUGAGCCACCGGUGGAAUUGGUCAAUCAGAACCGUGAUCAUAUCAUAACGAGCGUUGGCUGGACGAAGGAACGGCUCGUAACGAUCUGGAAGAACCGGGUGCAGAACCAUGCGAUUAUACGUUCCUGCACACCGGAUGUAGUGCCCGGUACACCCCAGUGUAUGACGGUGCACGAGAUCAAUCAGAUCGGUGGAUGGUUGGAUCUGUUCAGUGCACCGGUGUUUAAUGGUGCCGGCACACAGUUCCUCAUCAUUUCCUCUGCGAUGCAGGGUAGUGCUGGUGGCUACAAGCAUGUGACGAUGGUCUCCACUACGGAACGUAAGGCUGUACCCUUGACGAAGGGUAUGUUCGUAGUGCAGGACAUUCUUCGCUGGGAUGCGGCGAGUAAUAUGAUCUUCUACACGGCCAACACGGCCGAAGAGUCGCACGUGCUGCAUGUGUACGCGAUGGAUGGUGGAGAAGCGGAACCGGUCCCUCAGUGUUUGACGUGCGACGUGGAGGUUGGUGCGAAGCAGAGCUUCUUCAAUGCGCAGAUGAGUCCGAACGGUGGCAACUAUUUGGUACUGGAAGCGCGUGGCCCCAACGUACCCUGGACGCAUGUGUACCAGUGGAGUGUGGCCGAUAAGGCCGUACAAUUGAAGCUGAUGAAGAUUUGGGAAUCGAACGACUAUCUUCAGCGAGCCCUUAAGGGAAAAGCCAUUCCACGAGUAGAAAUACACGAGCUUACGCUCGACAAUGGAUUUAUGGCGAAGGCUAUGCUGUUGAUCCCACCGGGGACGAACACAUCCAGCAGUGCUGUCAAGCAUCCAAUGCUGGUGGAUGUAUACGGUGGUCCAAAUUCGGCAAAUGUCGUCGGCACUUGGUCGAUCGGUUGGGGAACGCAUCUUGCUUCGAACCGUUCGGUAGUGUACGCCAAGAUUGAUGGUCGCGGUAGUGGACUGCGGGGUGAUAGGCUUCUGUACCAGAUCUACCGCAAGCUCGGUACGGUGGAGGUACAGGAUCAGAUUGAGGGUGCGAAAAAACUGUCGGAAAAACUACCCUUCAUUGAUCCCGAACGGAUUGCUAUCUGGGGCUGGAGCUACGGUGGUUACGCAUCAGCAAUGGCACUCGCGCAGGAUACGAAGCACGUGUUCCAGUGUGCCGUCUCGGUGGCACCCGUUACCGAUUGGCUGUUUUACGAUUCAAUCUACACGGAACGUUACAUGGGAUUGCCGUCGGUGGCCGAUAAUCGGUACGGUUACGAAACAUCUCGACUAACUGCACUGCACGAAAGAUUCCGUAACCGGACGUACCUGCUGGUACACGGUACGUACGAUGAUAACGUACACUUUCAGCAAGCGAUGCAACUGUCCCGGGCCCUCGAAACGCACGACAUUAUGUUCAAGCAGGUGAGCUACCCGGAUGAAGACCACAGUCUGGCGGGUGUACGGCCCCAUCUUUAUCACACGCUUGGUAAAUUCUUCACCGAGUGCUUAAAGCUAGACUGAAGCGGAAAGACAGCAGCAGCAGGAGCGUAUUGAGUAUUGUGUUCGCAUUCCACAACAAUCCUUGCGGGCUCACCCUUAACUCCUCUACAAUCUUCUUACUGG